CCACUCCUACAUGAUGACGUCAGAUCGACGAGAAGCUUGUUUAGUUGUUAUGUAUACAGUGACAGAGUCAAUGUAAAUUACCCAAAGAGAGUGGUUGAAAUUUUAAAAAGAAUCUAACAACAACAAACGUGUCCAUCAUACAUUUGGAUAGAGGUUUUCAUUCAUGAUUUUGUGAUAUUUGCUUCGUAUAUAACACAGGAAGGUCACGAUUGUGAAGUACAUCAGACAAAAUGGCCACCGACGUGCACGAAAGCAUUAAUAAGACAAAAGUUCUAAUUAUUGGUGCUGGAAUAUCCGGGAUAUCUGCUGCAGAAUUUAUGGCAAAGAAUGGAUUUACCGAUUUUAAAAUCCUCGAAGCAUCAAACCGGACUGGCGGUAGAAUAUGGACAUACGAACUUGAUGGCAAGGGCAUCAAUGUUGAAAUGGGAGCCAACUGGAUCCAUGGAAUUGAACGUAACCCCAUCUUUCAAAUUGCCGACAGUAAUGGCCUCCUCCAGUUGCGAUACAAGGACAAGGGCCUUCGACACAAAAAUGUGUUCUUGACAGAAACAGGACAAGAAGUGAACCAGAAAACUGUAAAAGACGUGGACUUCAGUUAUGGACUGUUGAUUCAACAGUGUGAAGAGUUCUAUCAAAUGGAGCUGUACGCUCCGUACGACAGCGUUGGCGAAUAUAUGCACUAUGAAAUUGAAGAGAAGUUGGAGAACUUAUCAGACGAUGAGCGAAAGUUGCGUGAAAUGAUCUUCGAUCAGCAUUUGAAGCAGGAGACGGUGGUUUCGGGAUGUAAUGACCUUAAUGAUGUGUCCUUGGGAGAGUUUGGUUGUUACGAAGAGCUGCCAGGUGUCCACUAUACAAUUCCGCCAGGUUUUCAGUCGGUCCUAGACAUCCUGCUAAACCAAGUGCCUGAAAACAAUAUACUUUUGGAACACUCCGUUAAAUGCAUUCAUUGGGGCAACAAUGAGAAUGACGGUCGUGUGCUAGUAGAGUGUGAAAAUGGUAAGAAAUUCAGUGCGGAACAUGUGAUCGUGACUUGUUCACUCGGUGUGCUCAAAGCGUCUUGUGAUAGGAUGUUUGAACCACCACUUCCUAAGGAGAAAAAGGAGUCUAUUGAGAAGUUGGGAUUUGGCAUUGUGGAUCGAUUGAAUUUGUAUUUUGAUGAGCCAAUAGUGGACGCAGACAUUUUCAGAGUGGAGCUGCUUUGGGACGACCACCAAUACAAGGACAACGUGAGAAAUCCAACCGACCUUGCCACGUCAUGGUUCAGGAAAAUCUACUCUUUUGAGGCGGUGCACAGUAACGUAAUUUCAGCCUGGGUGUGUGGAAAGGAGGCCCUAUACAUGGAGUCCCUCUCUGAGGACCAGAUUGCGUCUGACAUACGGGAUGUGCUGCAGAAGUUCCUGAAGAAAGACAUUCCGGCACCCUCAAGGGUCAUACGGACACGAUGGGGAAACAGUAAGAACACACGAGGCUCAUACUGCUUCAUCAAGGUCGGGGCCUCUGUCAGCGACGUGGAGACCCUGGGACAACCCCUCAAUAAUGCACAGGGGCAGCCUGUAGUACAGUUCGCUGGCGAGGCUACCCACCCCUCGUUUUACUCCACGACCCAUGGCGCGCUGUUGACGGGCCACCGAGAGGCAAAACGCAUUCUGGACUUAUACAAAGUACCUUACGCCAAGGAAUGAUGACAGUUUCUUCUAGAGAACUUUAGAACCACUCUUGACGAUAUAACAUGUGUUAUUGUUUGUAUCGCAGCCAAGUGGCUUAUCAGAUUAUGAUGUUAUAAUGCUUUGAAGUCGUUCUGACUUUCUAUUGGCAAAAUGUACACUUUGGUGUCUUUCCCGCGUGAGAAUCAUUUCCAUAAUAAAUGGUAUUAUUAUAUUGUUAUUAUUUGAUAUGAAAUGAAUUUUAAAUGCGAUUUUAAAGAUAUGAUAUUAGAUCUGUUGAUGCUGUGCAAAUAUCAUUUAAAACUUGUUUGAUGUGCAUAAAUAUUAUUACUCUGUGUAUUUCUAUAAAUGUACUGAUUUAUAAUCUGUCAUUAUAUUUAUCCGAAAACUUUUCUUCUAUGUGGUUAAGAUAACUAAGAUAUAUAUAUAUAUAUAUAUUGAUUGUAGCAAAAAACAACCUUUAAGCAUAUUUUCUUCUAAGCUAUUAAUCUGGUUGGCAGGGUUUUCUCGUGAUUUAAGAUGGUGCCAUCUUUGAUUGUAGUACAAAUGUAUUAUAUAUUGCCCAUCUUACCAUCUUUGAUGAGAAAGAAGGCCAAGGAUUCAUUUCUUUUAUAUUUAGAGACUGAUUAGGAGUAGCAGGUAAAUAAAAGAAGAAGUCUGGAGUAAAUUACUUAUGUGUAGUUUAAGUUAAAGUUGUUUCUCAUGAUAAUCAUUUAAUUAUCCACUUUAACAUGCAUAGUCCAAACACAGUCCGGAUUUCUUCUAUUUUGCAGCUUUAUAUGUGAUUUCUUGUACAUAUCAGAAAUUACACUGCUAAUGAAUGAACUCCAUGAUGUUUCCCACAACAUCUGUGUCAUUCAAGAACUGCUUUCUUUCACAUUUGUUGACUGUCUUUUCUAAAACAUAUAUUCUGGGAUAUGUAAUGUUUGAUAGAAAAGCCAGGGUUCUAUAUUGUUUUGAAUACAAUUAUUGUAUCUGUUUAAACAUAGAUUAUUAUAAAAAAAAUAUCAUUAAGUUACAUUUGCCAGAAAAUAAUUAAGUAAUUUUUUGUCGUGUAUUUCACAAGUGAUUAGUAACUAGUUGAUACUGUUUUUUUUUGUAAAUUGUUAUAACUUAAAGCUGCUCUCUCACAGAUUGACAGUUUUCACAUUUUUUUAAGGUUUUGUCUGGCUGAUUUUGGUGUCAAUGCCUCCAAUCAGUCAUAUAAGAUAACCUACACAAGAACAGAUCUCAAUUGUUUUGGAAUUUUCAUUUUUCUUAUAGCGUUAUUAAUGCUUUUAGCCAUAAAAUAUCAUUUUUUGAACAUAAAUAUGAACAACUGCGAUUUUUUUGUUUGUUAGCAGUCUUAUAUCACUGGUUUCUAGACAUUAGACAAAUAUUGGCUCAUUCAAAGACAACAAAUAUAAAAAGUCGUCAAAACGGUCAAUCUGUGAGAGUGCAGCUUUAAUGUGUCCUACGUACAAACAAGCACAAAUUGGCAAAAAUGUUGAAGUUGGAUACCUAGUGACCCCAUGUCAUUUAGAUAUCAUUUAAAAGGGUUGUGUGUACUGUUUACUGAAAUGCAAAAUAAGUGACCGAAAAUACAUAACAGAUAAAUUAUGGCUGUUUGUAUUUUUGUUCUCUGUUUUGAAAAAGGAAGUGGAAUGAGUAAUGUUUCAAGGUCAACUAGAAUAUUUGCAAUAUUUUUAUCAGUGUACUAUUAACAUAAUCUUUCUGUGCACAUUAAACCCUUUCAAAUGACAGCCCAAUAAUGUUGGGAUACCGAGGCAUCAACAUGUUACAUUUGAUUCUCAUGGUAUGAAAUGUGAACAUCCAAAUUCCCAUUGAAUCAUGCUUGAAUUGUCACUUAGUAUGAACAUAUUUUGUAGCAAAUGUGAAUUUUAUAGGUGAAAAAUUAAGAUAUGAAAACUAACACAGGGUGAAUGUAUGCUGUCAUGACCGUAAAACAUUAAAAGUGCAGAGCAAAGUCUUGGUCUAGUAGAGCCUGAGAUUGAUCUUAAUAGUGGAGCAGUCAAUUGUAACCACGCCCACCCUAGGUCCAGGGUAUAGUAAAAUCCCCGCCGAAUGCCCACGCACCCUAGGAACAGCCUAGGUAAGGCCUAUCCCCCGCUAUUUUUGGCUCGAAAACAAAACCACCGCAUCCACUUGGCACUGCGGGCAACCUGAAAGGUAAAAACAUGGCCCAUUUCCCCCACUAUCCCCCUGGACUUGGGGUUGCCGUGGUUACAAUUGCCUUGUGCAUAAUUAUGAUGGCAUUUCCCUAUGCAUUUUUCAUGUACAAUGUUGGUUAUAUUGUUUAGGUAAGAGUAAAUGUUUUUGUAUCUUUACAGCAAGAUUUGUUUUUAUCAAGGACCUAUAUAGUGGAUAAAACAUGUCAGUCCAAGUGUGAGUAACUGAACAGCUCAUUAGGUUUAUCUGUAAAUAUUGGUAUUUUAUCAUUAUUUAUUAAUGUCAUGUAAGCAUGAAAAGCUGCAUUACAACAUUUGCUUCAGCAAACCUUUUUUAACUAUUCGCGUCAAGUAUUGAUAUUUGGAAGUAAAACCUUAAAAUUGAUAUGCAUGGCACAUAUUGAUAUUUUUCAUACAUAAUUUUUUCUAUCAAAAUAAUAAGUUUAAAGAAUGCCCUUUUAUUCAUAGAAUAACAUGAAUGGUCAAUCAUGAUAUCAAAAUGAUGACCACUCACCAAGCUUUCUAUAUACAAAAAGUAUGGCGUUAUUUCAUGAUUGUGGUGUUAUUUCAUGAUCUUGAUGUUAUUUCAUGAUUGGGAUGUUAUUUCAUGAUUGUGACGUUAUUUCAUGAUCGUGCCGUUAUUUCAUAUUUGUGACGUUAUUUCAUGAUUGUGACGUUAUUUCAUGAUUGUGACAUUAUUUCAUGAUCGUGACGUUAUUUCAUGAUUGUGAUGUUAUUUAAGGAAUGAAUUGCGGGCUUGAUGUCAUUAUCGGGGUAUGAACGCAAUUGGGCUGGUCAAAGUGUGUGGAGUCCGAAGGACUCCACGAGUACUUUGACCAGCCCAAUUGAUUGAUGAACGCAAUUGCCGGAUUGACGUUCAUUUAAGGAAUGGAAGUUGAGGUGUAAAUAUUUCAUGAUUGUGACGUUAUUUCAUGAUCGUGAUGAUAUAUUUCAUGAUUGUGAUGACAUCUAGGAUAUGAAUAAAUUUAUCAUUGUGCUAAACCAAGGACACAAUGCAGAAAGUUAUAAAUGGCAAUUUUUUUUUUUUUUUAUCACAAUAUAAGAGCUGUAACAUUUUAAGAAAGUCUGCAGAAACAUUCAUUAUUCAUUAUUAAGCUGCAGAUUUGUGCUUGUGUUAAUGUUUUCUUACACCAUUUAUUUGUGUAAAAAUGAUUAUGCAAUGUUCAAGUGCAUCCAGUAUACACAUAAAAUAGGCUGAUGACAUUUCGACCAUAUGAAUAUCAGAGUUUACCUGCCACCACCCAUUGCUUUGCAUCAGUGUACAUAUUCCAUUGAUUUGUGCAUUAACGAAUACAUGCAUGUUGAAAAAAACUCAUGUAUAUGGUUUAAAGCUGAAAAUUUGCAAUAUCUGUGUGUCUUAAUUUUUUUGUGGAUUUUUCAGAAAGCUUAAUUUCACUGAAAGAUUCAUUCGUGAUUUGCUUUGUUUCUGAUUGAACUUUCUGAUUUAUAUGCAUCAUUUAAUACUGUAGGCAUAUUGUGUGUGUCAUUAAUUUUUUUCAUUUACAUCAGGAUUUAUGAAAUAUGCAUCAAGUGCUAAAAUGUUUUUCACAGCCUUUUAUUAGCACUACUAUGAACAUUUUUAUGAAGAAUGAAUUUUAUAUUGAUAUAAUUUUUGUUGUUGCAUCAUAAUAUCGGAUUAAGUUCGUAAUAAUAUGUGUAGGUAGUGUGUCCUGGUAUUAAUUAACGUCUGUGUGUAUUCACAGUUAAACUGCGACAAGCCGGGAUUGUAGUUAUUUUUCAAACAUCAUUUUUUCUGUUUUUAGCUUCGUGUCAAAUAUGUUUUACAUAAGAACUGUAAAUAAAUGUCUAACUGAACUAAACAUGUCACGCAAUAGGCGCUCUCAUUCUGUUUGUAAUUACUGAAAAUGAUGACGUGAUAUUGCCCACUUAUUUCCUGGUUAAGAUGAGACCUAUUUCUGUGUGUCGUGGUUUAUUUUGGAGGACGAAAGGAAGCACAACUUGCCACUUCCCGAUGGGUUUUUGUCAGGAAUAUUUAACAUGAAUAUUGGUGUUUGAUGUGAUGUUGUUGUUUUCCUUAGUUUACAUCUCCCCUCUAGCAGGGCUAGCUUUUCUAAGCCACUAUAGUCAAAUCUUUAACUCAUUCAUCAAUCUCAUCUUAUUUAUGGUUUGAAAAUUAUUUUAAGGGCAGAACCCAUCACAGUUGCUACUCAUGUUUGUAUAUUGAGUUACAGCUGUUGAGUGCCAAGUCCUUGAUUCAUGUAACAAGUGCUUGUCCAAUUAUAUGGCUUUUUUAAGUAUUGUCAUGGUUCAGAUGUUCCUUAGUUCAUGAAUGAUAUUCAGUAUAUGUCUUUAAUUCUAUUUUUCAGGGAUUCAUUAGUCCAGCAUUAAUCCUGAAGUAAGGAUUGGGAUCUAUAAGUUAAAGACUAUUGUACAGUUGUAAUGAUUGGUCAUUUGCCUCAAAAACAGUAGCAGGUACCAUAAAAUGGAUAAAAAUGGCUUUUGAAACAAUUUCAAAAGGGGUCUAAGCCCCUUUCCCCUUCUCUUGGUAUGAAUCUAUCACACUCCAGCUUACCCAGCUAUUUGUCAGGAUUUUCCAGUUAUCAGCUGUUAAAAAAUCCUGAUUUUUAGAAUUUAGACAUAAUCUGAUCUAGUCCUUACUAGACGUACACAUAUUUUGGAAGCUAUUUAUUUUUUUACGCAUUUUUGUGUUUUGUAGCAAGCAUGCGUCUGCAGUGUAUAUUAGCUCCUAAAACUUGAAGAUUCCUUUAAACGAAAGAAUUCCAUAUAUGUGCAUAACUCACAACCUAAAUCAAGAAUAAAUCCCAGAAUUCCACUAAAAAUGUGCUGUCAAAGUGUAUGUAGUAGAAGUGUGUAUGAUGUACCUCAUUUAUAAUCCAGAAGUUUCCUUUCAACAAAAUGUUUUAAUCAUUUUAAUGUUUGUUUUACUCUCUUAAGAAGUAUAGUUUUGACAUUCAUGUUGCAUAUAUGUUUUUAAUGCAUGUAUAUAUUAUGGAUACAUGCAUAUUGGUGGAUGUCUACGUCUUUGUGUUUAUAUAACAUACAAAAAAAAAAAUGUGUAUAGAAAAUAUUUAUCUUUGUUUUGUUGAUACAUUGAACAUUAUUUUAGGGAGUUUUAUUUGUUGCAUAUGCGUAGAAUAUGUUGACGGGACGGAUAGAGAAAUGUUUAGUCUAUGAAGGUAUAGUUUUACAUUACUAAUAUCCUAUGUGUGUAACUCUGACUGCGUUUUAAACAUGUUGUACUAUUAUAAUUGGAUAGACAUCAGAAAAUAAACCAUAUACAUAACAAGA